AUGGCGAUCACAUUACCUGUGGCCCUGGCAGCCUUGGCACCUAGUCGAUGGGAAUCCCCACUCUAUCCGAAUUGCCGCUUCCAGGUACAGCAACAGCACCACCACAACCAAGUAGCACUUUGCUCUCGUCUUAAGCCAUCCCCGAGUUCCUUGCGAGCAGUCCAGACGGUCGACCAGCCUUGGAAAACUGAGAAUGGAGCAUCUGAAUCUGCUGAUAACGUUUCUCCUCCAGAGGUUGACGUUGUAAUAGUUGGAGCAGGCCUUGCUGGUCUCGCGGCAGCACGACGCUUGCACAAAGAAGGCAUCACAUUCCAGCUGCUUGAAGCGUCGGAUGGAGUUGGAGGUCGAGUGAGAAGUGACACCGUCCAAGGCUACGUCCUGGACAGGGGCUUCCAGAUCUUCAUAUCCGCAUAUCCGGAGGCUGCAGAAGUUCUCGACUACCAAGCGCUGGAGCUCAAGAACUUUUAUGCCGGAGCCUUUGUCUGGUUUGACGGACGCUUUCACAAAGUGGCAGACCCGUUCCGUCACCUGGUCGACGGCAUACUGUCGCUUGGUAAUCCGAUUGGUACUAUUCAGGACAAAAUCCUCGUCGGCAUUGUCAGGCUUCAAGCAGCAUCACAACCAUUUGAGAAACUUGUCUCGGCACCUGAAGUAGAGAUCGGAGAAAAGUUGAAGACCGACGGCUUUUCCUCGCAGAUGAUAGAUCGAUUCUUCCGACCGUUCUUCGGUGGCAUCUUCUUCGACAGAGAGCUGAAAACCACGUCCCGGCUUUUUAACUUCGUCUUCAAGUGCCUGGCUCUGGGACAGAACUGCCUUCCCGCUAAAGGCAUCGGCGAAAUAUCACAGCAGCUUGCUCGAAGCCUUCCAGAAGAAUCAAUCAAGUUGAACUCCCGAGUACAAGAGCUGCUUGUCGGAGAAGACGGUAAAGUUUCAAAGGUGAGACUUGAUACUGGAAAGGUUGUCAAGUCCAAGUACGGGAUAAUAGUGGCAGUCGAAGGUCCGGAAGCAGCUCGUUUGCUGAGCAGCAAAACAGCUUGCGAAAGCACCGAUAAGCCAGCUCGCAGCACUGUCUGCCUCUACUUUUCUGCCGAUAGAGCCCCAAUCAAGGAAGCUGUCCUGCUCUUGAACGGCACUGACAAAGGCGUCAUCAACAAUAUGUGCUUUCCCAGCAGCGUCUGCUCUUCGUACGCCCCUGUUGGAAAAGCUCUCGUCUCGGUAACAUUGAUCGGAAGAUAUUCCACCAGUUCCGAUGCCGAGCUUGAGAAAAUAGUGAGGUCCGAGCUCGAGGAAUGGUUUGGGCGGGAAACAGUAGCGAAGUGGCAGCACUUGAAGACAUACAGGAUCUUGUUUGCUCAACCCGAUCAGACUCCACCGACCAACCUCUCGAAAGAACCAAAAGUUGAUGCAGGUUUGUACCUGUGCGGAGAUCACCGAGUCUCAGCAACUUUCGACGGAGCACUUCUGUCAGGGAGACGAGCUGCUGAAGCGCUCCUUUCAGAUUCCGAACUGAAAGUUCAGGGAAAGUGAAGCUCGAGUUACAAACUUGCAUUGCCAUACCU